GAUUUUCACGAGCCGGAGGCGUCUUCCUGUUCUGGAAAAGUAAAGUUGCGCGUUAAAAGAACACUUUACGAGGUGGUAUACAGGCCGAUCGGCGGUUUUCCACCAUCGUCUUCUAGUUUCUGAUCAAGGAAAAGCGCUUCCUCCUCUUCUGUCGACGCCCCUCUUCCUCCCUGCCGAAGUUGGCUUCGUGUGGUCUCCUUCCGCUGCUUCUUCCAACUGGCUGUAUCGCCAUUCACAAUAUGGUGAGGAAACGCAGAACUGAUGCUUCUGGCACAGGUGAGAGCUCAGAAUAUCAAGAGACAAGUGGUUCUGCAGAGCGGACAGGGCCUCAACGACCCUCAGAGCGGGGGCCUGCUCCACAACAGCAGGGCACUGGUAGAGAUAGAGGUUGGGUUGCUUCUGGUCCUCAGCAGACACAACAAGGUGGCCGAGGUGGUGGUGGUUAUUACCAGGGGCGAGGCAGCAGCCCCCAACCUCAUGACCCAGAGCAGCCUUUUACUCCAUCUCAAUACCAAGGUCGGGGUGGGCCUCAGUUUAGAGGUGGAAUGCCCUAUCAGCAACAAUAUGGAGGACGACGUGGUGGUCGUGGUAUGGCUGGGGGACGAAUGUUCAGCCCCUCUGCUGCAGGUUCCUCUAGGCCACCGGUUCCCGAGCUGCACCAAGCAACGCAAGCUCCGUAUCAACCCACUCAACCUGGACCAGUCCAGGCAACUUCUUCACGGCAGUUGGAAAUGUCUCCUACUGAGAUUGCAGAACCAUUUCAGCAACUCUCUGUGCAAGGUGAAUCUUCAUCUACUCAAGCAAUCCAGCCAAUAGUUCCGCCUGCUUCUUCAAGCAAGUCUGUGAGAUUCCCUGUUCGUCCUGGGAAAGGUACCCAUGGAGCUAGAUGUGUGGUUAAGGCUAACCAUUUUUUUGCUGAACUCCCUGAUAAAGACCUUCACCAGUAUGAUGUAUCAAUCACUCCUGAAGUAUCAUCACGCAGUGUAAAUCGUGCUGUGAUGGAACAGUUGGUCAGGAUUUAUAGGCAAUCAUAUUUGGGAGGACGUCUUCCAGCUUAUGAUGGAAGGAAGAGUCUAUAUACUGCUGGUCCUUUACCAUUUACCUUAAGAGAUUUUCAGAUCAUUCUGGAUGAGGAUGAUGGUUCUGGGACAGAAAGGCGCCAGAGAACAUUCCGGGUUGUCAUUAAAUUAGCUGCUCGCAUUGAUCUUCAUCACCUUGGGAUGUUUUUAGCUGGGAGGCAGGCUGAUGCUCCUCAAGAAGCAUUGCAAGUACUGGAUAUUGUACUUCGUGAACUACCUACUGCCAGAUUUUUGCCUGUCGGACGGUCCUUUUAUUCACCUGAUUUGGGAAGAAGACAACAACUUGGUGAUGGACUUGAAAGUUGGAGAGGUUUUUACCAGAGCAUUCGCCCUACUCAAAUGGGCCUUUCUCUGAAUAUCGAUAUGUCCUCCACGGCCUUCAUCGAACCAUUGCCCGUUAUUGAAUUUGUUACCGAGCUUCUUAGUAGGGAUGUCCAAUCAAGACCGCUUUCUGAUGCUGAUCGUGUGAAGAUCAAGAAGGCCUUGAGAGGUGUGAAGGUUGAGGUCACUCACCGUGGGAAUAUGCGCAGAAAAUACCGUAUAUCUGGUUUAACAUCACAGGCAACUAGAGAGCUAACUUUCCCAGUUGAUGAGAGGGGGACAGUGAAGUCUGUUGUACAAUAUUUUCAGGAGACUUAUGGUUUUACUAUCCAGCACACAAAUUGGCCGUGCUUGCAGGUUGGAAAUCAGCAGAGGCCAAAUUAUUUGCCUAUGGAGGUCUGUAAAAUUGUGGAAGGUCAAAGAUAUUCUAAGAGGUUGAAUGAGAGGCAAAUUACUGCACUCUUAAAGGUGACAUGUCAGCGGCCUCAUGACAGGGAGAUGGAUAUCUUACAGACGGUUCGCCACAAUGCAUAUCAUGAAGAUCCUUUUGCUAGAGAAUUUGGGAUCAAGAUUAGUGAGAAACUUGCAUCAGUUGAGGCCCGAGUGCUGCCUGCCCCUUGGCUUAAGUAUCAUGAUACUGGCAGAGAGAAGAAUUGCCUACCAAGAGUUGGCCAGUGGAACAUGAUGAACAAGAAAAUGGUAAAUGGUGGGAGAGUGAAUAGCUGGAUAUGUAUCAAUUUUGCAAGGAAUGUGCAAGAUAAUGUUGCUAAGAGAUUCUGUCAGGAGCUUGCCCAGAUGUGCCAGAUAUCAGGAAUGGAAUUUUCUCUGGACCCUGUACUUCCUCCUUUAAGUGCUCGGCCUGAUCAUGUUGAAAGAGCACUGAAAGUGCGUUAUCAUGAUGCAAUGAAGAUACUCCAACCUCAGGAAAAGGAGCUUGAUUUGCUGAUUGUAGUAUUGCCUGAUAAUAAUGGUUCUCUUUAUGGUGAUUUAAAGCGGAUAUGUGAGACUGAUCUUGGUUUAGUUUCACAAUGUUGUUUGACAAAGCAUGUUUUCAAGAUGAGUAAACAGUACCUUGCCAAUGUUGCUCUCAAGAUCAAUGUAAAGGUUGGAGGAAGGAACACAGUUCUUGUGGAUGCCUUGUCAAGGUGCAUUCCCCUUGUUACUGACCGGCCAACUAUAAUAUUUGGUGCUGACGUAACACAUCCUCAUCCUGGGGAAGAUUCUAGCCCUUCUAUUGCUGCUGUUGUUGCAUCUCAAGAUUGGCCUGAGGUAACAAAAUAUGCUGGAUUGGUCUGUGCUCAGGCCCAUCGACAAGAAUUAAUUCAAGAUCUAUGUAAGGUCUGGCAAGAUCCUCAGCGUGGAACUCUUACUGGUGGCAUGAUCAAAGAGCUGCUGAUUUCCUUCAAAAAGGCUACUGGACAAAAGCCUCAACGGAUUAUAUUUUACAGGGAUGGAGUGAGUGAGGGCCAAUUCUAUCAAGUUUUACUAUAUGAACUGGAUGCAAUCAGAAAAGCCUGUGCCUCUCUAGAACCAAACUAUCAACCUCCGGUGACUUUUGUGGUGGUCCAAAAACGUCAUCAUACUAGACUGUUUGCUAAUAAUCACAAUGACAACCACUCUGUGGAUAAGAGUGGAAACAUAUUGCCUGGGACUGUUGUAGAUUCUAAGAUCUGCCAUCCAACAGAAUUUGACUUCUACUUGUGCAGCCAUGCUGGCAUUCAAGGUACUAGCCGACCUGCCCAUUACCAUGUCUUGUGGGAUGAAAAUAAAUUCACAGCAGAUGCGCUGCAAACUCUGACAAACAACCUCUGUUACACCUAUGCAAGGUGCACUCGUUCUGUAUCUAUAGUGCCGCCUGCUUAUUAUGCUCAUCUAGCAGCAUUCCGUGCUAGAUUUUACAUGGAACCUGAGACAUCAGACAGCGGCUCUCUGGCAAGUGGAGCAGCUGCUGGGCGUGGAGCUCCGCCUGGAGGCCCACGGGCAACAAGGGGUCCUGGUAGUGCUGCUGUCAAACCUCUUCCAGCCUUGAAGGAGAACGUCAAGAGGGUCAUGUUCUAUUGUUAAGCCUACAACUCUGCUGGUCUAAUAUUUUGCCGAAGUUGCUUAUUUCUUGCACUGUCAUGUUUAAGCUAUAUGCUUAUGUUUGGCUGAUACUUUAAACUUUGGGGAGAAUUGUAUGCGUACACAUAUAUAAGACAUACUCCGUGCCCAUCUCCAAGUCAUUAUCUUUACAUUCUGUUUGAUUAAGUAUUUGUGGAUGCACGAGA